AUGAUAUCAACACUCAGCAGUUCUUUACACAUCAGUAACUCUAGAGUGGAAGUACGCAUCAGUAUCACUAGAGAGGAAGUACGCAUCAGUAACUCUAGAGAGGAAGUACGCAUCGGUAACUCUAGAGAGGAAGUACCCAUCAGUAACUCUAGAGAGGAAUUACGCAUCAGUAACUCUAGACAGGAAGUACGCAUCAGUAACUCCAGAGAGGAAGUACGCAUCAGUAGAUCUAGAGAGGAAGUACGCAUCGGUAACUCUAGAGAGGAAGUACACAUCAGUAAAUCUAGAGAGGAAGUACGCAUCAAUAACUCUAGAGAGGAAGUACGCUUCAGUAACUCUAGAGAGGAAGAACGCAUCAGUAACUCUAGAGAAGAGGUACACAUCAGUAACUCUAAAGAGGAAGUACACAUCAGUAACUCUAAAGAGGAAGUACGCAUCAGUAACUCUAGACAGGAAGUACGCAUCAGUAACUCCAGGGAGGAAGUACGCAUCAGUAACUCUAAAGAGGAAGUACGCAUCAGUAACACUAGAGAGGAAUUACGCAUCAGUAACUCUAGAGAGGAAGUACGCAUCAGUAACACUAGAGAGGAAGUACACAUCAGUAACUCUAGAGAAGAAGUACACAUCAGUAACUCUAAAGAGGAAGUACACAUCAGUAACUCUAGAGAGGAAGUACGCAUCAGUAACUCUAGAGAGGAAGUACGCAUCAGUAACUCUAGAGAGGAAGUACGCAUCAGUAACUCUAGAGAGGAAGUACGCAUCAGUACCUGGUGUGUGCGAUGUGAAACAAGAGUGUUGUAA